AGCAAUUUGCGCUGUCUUGUCGAGCUUUCUCUGACGUGCCGAAGGUGCUCGCCCACCCCGACCACGCUCCGCCUCGCUUUCUGAUUUUAUCAGCAAAAAUGACACGUAAUACUGCAAGGAGACAGCUUAGGAUUACUGCGCGUCUUGUCUUUUGUGUAUGGCCGUUUCUGGUUGUCCAGUCACGCGAAAAAGCGGGCCACAAGAGGGCGAAAACAUUCGCCGGGUUGUUAUGCUGUUGUGUUUUACAACCAUUCUGCAGUUCUAGUAUCACCUGCCAUUCUGCAGUUCUAGUAUCACUCGCCAACACACUCGCGUUGCGUGCCAUACACACAGCGCGCGGCCCCCUCACUCCCCUCUGCAACGCCCGCCUGCUGCUUGCUACCUUAUGCCUGUCCGAUUCCGGUCCUGCAUACAAGGCCUUUCUUACAACAGCUCAUAUCCGCUUCGGCAGGCCGGUUCCUUACUGCAAUGUCUAAACACCACCGGUCUGAUAAAUUAACAACAUAUGGUUCGUCAACCGCCCCGCCUCCAGAAAAGCCUCAGCGCAAAGUACCUUCAGAGCGCUGCGAGCGGGAUGCCGCCGAACCGGGUCCCCGGCUGCCGAAGCCUAGGGCACGGUCAGCUGCAGCUCGUGGGGAGUCCUCAGGAGAUCAGCAGGCACAGUUUGAUUCAGGGGGGCCUGGAUCCCGCAAGCAUGUGCCAUGGACUGAGCGGCAGGAGCGCCUUGAGGCUGCCUGGGCAAAAUACGCAGAGCAGAUGCGCAUCACUUUCAUGCAGCAAGCGGCUGCAUUAAACGAGCAGCGGUUGUUGCGACGGAAGCUCUUAUUAGAGCAGGCGCAACAGCGCUUCGAUGCGCUUGCGGCGUCGUGGCAGGCAGCGCACGCGUGCACAACGUCAGCUACGUCGUGCACCACGUACAACAACGUGCGGUACAUUGGCCUGCAGUGCAGCGGAGUGGUGAGCGUGCCGACGGUUACGUGCAGCUGUGGGGCCGCUUUUACGCCGGACGCAAUUGCUGCCGGGUGCUUUCCCAGCACGCCCACGGAGUAUGACACGCUGUAUGAUCUGGAGGUACACAACGCCUACGCGUGGCUCGGGCUUCGUGCAGGCCUUUCUGCAUCAGACUUCACAGAAUUCCUGGCGGAGUUCAGCGGGACGGGCUUGGACGACCGCCAGUACCUGGGCUCGUUUUUCGGCCACUUGCGGGCGUCUCACAAUCACGACAGCUUUGGGGCGCUGGGCGUGGAGGGCCUGGACCAGGGCCCGUUCAGCGGAUGCCCCGUCUGCUCUGCAACCGCAAAUACCGCCCACCCCUACCGCCUUGGAGUAGCAGCAGAUGCAGUCACGAAGCUGGGGCAUUUCGCCAGCUGUGGCAUUGCCAGCUCGGGCAUUCCUCCGCAGCUGUCUGGCCACUUCGGUGCCGUGGAUGCGGAGGUGCAGCAGCUCUUCGAGGCGGGACAGCUCAAUCUGCAGGCGGUAGUGAAGGACUUGCCCAGCAAUGCAGCGGCCGAUGCGCGCAGUGAGGCGCCAGGAUCUAGCUGACGUCUACAUAGAUUUUGGUUGCCGGCUCAGCAGCACAUGGCAGCAAUACCACUCUGGGAAAAGGUCUUCCCCGGAAAAAAAUCCGUUCCC